AUGGCGUACGUCGACAACACGGCCGAGAUCCCGCUCGACAUGUCCCGCUUCUGCGCCGGUGGUGGCGCCUUUGGCCUCUACGAGCGCCAGACAGGCUGCGCGCUGGGCAACUGCGACUGCUUCCCGAUCCUCUUUGCAUGCGACCCAUCGCUGGGCAAUGGCCUUGGCGAGUGCGCGCUCUCGGGCGUCGGCGAACUCUUGCUCGUCCUCGCCUUUGUCGCCAACCUCCUCGUGCCCGCUCUGUACGUGCUCUCGCACUUUUACCACGAAAACGACGCUACCGACGCCCGCGCCGUGCUCCACGAAGAGCGCAGCGCCCGUCGACCGACCCUCGACCACAUGCCAUCCGCCAUCUCGGACGCGGCCGAGCCCAAGGAAGACUUGGAAGCGACGUACUUUGACAUGACGCAAUUUCGCCGCGCGAUCCCGGACAAGGUGUUUGGUCUUGACAAGACGGCCAAGAUCAAGCUCGAGGUCAUGUCCAAAGGCUGGAUUCAGUUUAUCUUCUUCUUCAUGCUCACGGCCUUUGCAUUGUGCCUCAGCCUCUUUGCGGUCUCGGCCGAUACAAUCGAGACGACGAUUCCGUUCUCGUCGCUCAACUUUAGCGCGAGUAACUCGUCGACGACGUUCAUUUUUGAUGCGGCCGCCGCCAACGCGACGCUGCCGCAAGGCACGCGCUUCGUGUCGCUGCACGGCGACCUCUGCCAGCUGCCGCCGUCGCCCGGGGACCAUGUGCUCAAUGUGAGUUACACCGUCUCCGCGCGCAUUGACGGCGGGCUCCUCUUCGACACGUUCUCCCACGAGCGCCUCGUCGUGCGCUGCGUCUGUUCGGACGUCUCCUGCCGCCCGAUCGCCGGCAGCGAAGACGCGCUGGUCUCAAUCCCGUGGUUCCAAGACGCCUUCCAACUCCUUGGGCACGACGUGCCGCAUGCGAUUUCGCUCCACCUCCACUUGCACACCAACAUGACGCUACAUGGUCGUCCGGCGAUCACGCUGCUGGCGCACCACGCGCGGCUCGAGCGACUGAUCGAGAUCGUCAAGUGGCUCUUCCUCGUCGCCGAUGUCGUCGCGCUCGGCUACUGGAGCUACCUGAACCGGCACCGCGGGUGGCGCCGGCUCCUGCCCGAGCGCCGCCUCUUGUACAUUUCGCUGCUCUGCAACGCGCUCGGAUCGAGCCCCGUGCUGCACUUUACGCAAGCGUUCCUCUCGAGCACGUGGAGCUAUCUCUUCGCCCAAGCGUGGGCCGCGGGCCUCGCCGGCGCGUGGCUCCUCAGCCUCCUUGUUGCGAUCGACCUCCAGCGCCAGCGCACCUUUCGCUGCUCCUUCUUUGCGCUCAAAGUGACCGUGCUUCUCAGUGCCAUGGGCGUGCGCGGCGUCUCGUUCUACGCGCUGCCGAACGCGAUCACGUCGCUCCUGGACCUCUUCCUCGCCGUGCUCGCGAUGGUGCUCUUCCGCGGCGUCAUGAUGAGCGUGCGCAACGACCUCCGCCGAAAGGCGUAUGCGGCGUCGCGGCCCGAGCAGCUCACGGCGCGCGUCUUGUAUUUCAUCGCGCUGCAAGUCACGUACGUUUACUUUUUCGCCGCGCUCUUGGCCGACCCCGUGCCCAAGGUCACAGUGUACAUGGCGAACGCCCGGGUCCUCGCCAACCUUCCGAUUCAAGUCAUUUCGCGCGCCGCGACGCUUGUCUUGUUUCUCAUCUUUUUACCCGUCAACAACAAGAAGCGAAAGCAGCUCCUAUCGACCACGAUGGUGUGUACGCGCGAGAAUUCCCUCCAUUUAACGACCGUCAAGCGGUCCUUGUCCCGCGCCGACGCCACGCAUGGAGCGCCGCCUGUCUUUUGCCUCGAGACUGCGUGUGGCCUCUACAACCUCUCGUGCCACGCCUACUAUGCGAUCCCGCACGCCAAGCACGUGGCGACGGACCUCGACUUGGAUUUGGCGGCGGUGGCGCGGGACGGCCUCUCGGUCGUCGCCGAGCUCUUUGACGGCGCCACCGACACGCAUGCGCUCGUCUUCACCGAUGCCAAGCGGCUCUUGAUUGCUUUCCGGGGUACGUUUAGCCGCCAGAACGCGAAGACGGACCUCGACUACAACUUUUGCUCGCCGACGCUCUUCCUCGAUCGGUUCCCAGCGCUGCGACUCCACCAUGGGUUUUACACCGCGUACAUGAGCAUUCGGCCGCAGCUUCUGUCGCUCCUUGGCGACCACAUGUCGGAGUCGCUUCAGAUCUAUGUGACGGGGCACUCGCUCGGCGGUGCGCUCGCGACGCUGGCGGCCUUUGACCUCGCGACGUCGUACCUUGUCCCGAACGACAUUGUCGUCUACUCCUACGGCUCGCCACGGGUGGGCAACCAUGCGUUCGCACAUGCGUACAAUACGUUCGUGCCACGCACGUUCCGCAUCGUCAACGACGCCGACGUGAUUGUCGGUGGCCCGAAGCAAGCGGUUUUUGGCUGCUACUGCGUCUCGUCGCUUCGGUACAAGCACGUGGGCACGCCCGUGCUCCUCUCGGACCGCGCGUGGGGCACGUUUUUGAUCGACCCGAACAUUGUGGAAAUGGCCUUUAUCGCCAAGCUCCGCAGCAACGGGUUUUCCCACCUCUUGUCGGCGUACCGCAUCAAACUCGCGCGCGGCUUGAAGGUGACGCUGGCCGCGCACCCGCCGAUGAACGAGACGACGCCGCUGAGUGUCGCAUAA